AUGUGUGAAAAAGUAUCAAAAGGGCCGAACCUCUGCAGCGGGGAGUGGGCCCGGCCCUGGGAAGGGCCGAAGGGGACGCCCCAAGUCCCCGCGGUGUGGCCGCAGGAGGACCCGAGCACGGACGCCAGCCGGAGAGUCAGAGCAACCUCUGUCCUUCCCACAUUUGGCCCAUCAUGCCUAUUUAAAGGACACUUGAGCACCAAAAGUAACGCUGCAGUAGACUGCUCAGUUCCACUAAGCAUGACUGCCAGCAUCAAAUAUGCAGACCAACAACAAAGAGAGAAACUCAAAAAGGAAUUAGCAAGGUGUGGAAGGGAGUUGAAAUUUACUAAGACUACAGUGCAUUCUAAAAGUCAUUCCAAAUCAUUACCUAACACUCUACAAAAGCCUUCAGGAGAACCACAGAAUGAAAACGGCUUAUUAAUCGAAGAAGUGAAUGAAUUUCCAUCUUUUACACGGUCACCAGUAACUUCUUCCGAGAGACUAAGUCUACCUAAGUCUCAGAAGGUCCUCACGAAUUGUACUGAGAAGAACUCUAGUGGCUCCAUGUCCAGCAUGGAUUACGCUGCCUCAGGGUCCAAGAAACCAUCCUCUGGAACCUCCUACCGCAGAGGGCCCAGGGGCACAUUCCCCGGUUCCCAGAAGUUUCAGUUAGUAAUUUCAAAAGCACCCAAUGGGGACCUUUUGGACAAACAUUCUGAACACUUUUCUAACAGACAUUUGCCAUUCACCCCAUGCACUUUAAAAACAGAAGCCAAAUCUUUCCUGUCACAGUAUCGAUAUUAUACACCUGCCAAAAGAAAAAAGAAUUGUACAGAUCGGCGGAUAGAAGCUGAAACUCAGACUGAAUUAAGCAGGUAUCACACAGUAACCUAUAGUAGAUCCUUUAUGAUGUGGUAGAAAUUAAAUAAUAUUCCUUAUGUUUUACCAUAUACCUGCUGUGCCAGGCUCCAUGAUUAAUGUAACGUUUGCUUCUGCAUGAAUCAUUAGAACUAUCAGAGUAAUUGUUAAAAAAGAUAAAUAGCUAUUAAACUUGUCAAGCU